AUGGGUGUUUUCUACGAGACCAUCCCAGCGACAUUAUCCCCAUGGAUUCUGAAGCAGCGGAUGUUCUGGGUUGCCACAGCACCUCUUUCGGGCUCCGGCCACGUCAAUGUCUCGCCAAAAGGAGGAGAAUAUUUUGGACUGCUUGAUGAUAAGACGUUUUGGUUCCUCGAGCUUACUGGAAGUGGUUGUGAAACCCUCUCCCAUCUUCAUGAAACAGGGAACCGACGGAUAACUAUCAUGCUUACUGCCUUUGAGGGCGCUCCCAAAAUAGUGAGGCUAUGGGGAAAAGGCCGCGUCUUGGAGAAUAAAACUCCGGAAUUUGAGUCUUUUGUUCGUGAUCAAAGCGUCAAGGUCAUCCCCGGCGCAAGAUCGAUCAUUUUAGUUGAUAUUCACCAAGUCGGAACAUCGUGUGGCUUCUCUGUCCCAUUAUAUGAGUUCAAGGCUCAUAGAGAUACCCUCAAUGAAUAUUACCGUAAAAAGGAUGAAAAGUUCAGAGGGGGCAACGAGAAAGAAAGCAUGGAUCUAUACUGGGCACAAAACAGUCAGUUCAGCAUGGAUGGCUUGCCUGCCAUGAAGAGAGCGAGAGUCAUCGGAGAACAACAAAAUGUUGCACAGAAGAAAAAGAUGAUCGGUCCGUUAGCACCAAAGAAUCUCCGCUCUAGGGCCCAAUUCCCCUCGAAAUCGACUGUUUUUAUUAUUAUCUCAAGCUUUAUUUUAGGGGUUUUGUUUUCUUUGCUAGCCGAAACUAUCAAAGCAAGAGCUUAUGAUUUUGGUCAAUUAGCACGCGGAAGAGGCAGCAACUCGAGUGCCAACUGGGCUGAAUUGUGA